CCCCUUCCAAUCUUCUAUCUGAAGCUCCAUUAAGACUAUAUCCACUCUUCAUAUUUUUCUUGUCCUGUCAUUCUUCGUCAUCAUGGCCGUACACACCAUCAUCGUUCGCAACAUGUCCAACCAUGACCAACGCUUCCAGGUCCACGGCUGGAACGGCAAUAAGGACAUCGUCGUCCAUGGCCACUCGGAGCAGCGAAUCCAAGCAGCGGACGGCACUUCCGGAGCCAUCAUUGCCGUGCAUGACGGUGUCGUCGCCGAGCAAGCCGAGAUCACCAAAUGCGGCUACAUGGGCAACGACUUUAUCGACUUGAGCAACAUCUGCGGCGCCGGCGGCAAUAUGAUCGUCCAGCAGGUUGGCGAUAAUAAGACUCGCAAAGGCCACCCGACCUUCAUGCAAGCGUUGAAUGAAGCAUGGCGCAAGGCGAGCCCGGACACGAAAAAUAAGUUGAAGAAUUGCGUGCAUGUAAAAGAUGGUCGCGUCGUUAGGAUCGAUGCUCCCAAGAACUUUCCGGAGCUUGAGAAGUUUGUCAGGACGUUCGCUGAUGGGAGAACGUACAUUGGAAUCGGGGCUUGGAACGGUUUCGCCGGCAACCCCAAUGAUAAUCACCAGAGCUCGGCCGCCCAUGGCAGCAAGGAUAUUCUGGUCUGCUGGAAUGAUGGAGAUGCCACUCCAAAUGAUGUUUCCGCUCCAUCUCCUGGAUAUAACGCUGUAAGGGCCGCUUCGGGGGCUAGGGCUGGGGUGGGAGCACCCGCAACCGCAAGCAAGGACCCAGGCCCGGGCAUUGAACUCACGAACAAGUCCAACAAAGAAGCUGAGUACUUCUUCUAUGACAACUACUGGAACGGCAAUGGAACCGCCGGCGCAAACUUCGACAAACCACUGAAGUCCGUCAAACUCCGCCCCGGCCAGAAGCAAUUUGUAAGCCUACCAGCAACCUUUAAGGGCAGGCUGCAGCGAGGAACACAACUUCCAUGCACGUGGGUUGAGUUUCAGCUCGACGCUAGUGAUGACCAUCGCGCUCACGGUGACAUAAGUCUCCAGCAGGGCUGUGAUGGCGCGGCUACGAUUGCUUCCACUGAUGGAACCAACGUUAUCAAUGGGUUUACUCAUGACGUUGUCUCCAAAGCUCCCGAUGCCGCAUGCAGGCGCAAACCUAAUGGAGAGCGAGCGAUUGACACUACGGUGGGCAACUGGAAUGGUGGACCAAAUAAGGCCGCGAUCGAUUAUCUGAACAAAGUGGUCGGCCAGAGGAAAGCCUACAUCUUGGGUGGAACUGGUGUUCCAGAUGUUGCAUCUAAAAACAAACGUCUGGCAGUUGUGAAAGCCAUGAUCAAUUCUUCACUAGACCCUGAUGGAACACAAACCACGUUGAACUCAUUGCCACAAUACCCAACGUACAUGUGUCGACCCUCCGCCGACGUGUUUGAUCUACAGUCCCCACGAGCACUUUGCGAGAAACUGCCUCAAAGUGGCGAUCUGUGGAAGAAUGUUCGCAAAGUACUGAGAAACAGCAAUUUUCGCUGUGUAGAUCCGUGGGAUAUCAGUACGGUGGACGACGGUCAUCUAUUUGGACCCGAUCAUAGAGAUAAACCACACUAUCUGCGAUACGAGGCUUUUGAAGAGCCGAUGUCAGGUCGAGAAGCGGCUCAACUGGUGCUAGCGGAUAUGCUGAAAUAUGGAAGCUCGAAACUCGAGUCGCACUUAUUGCCCGCCACAAGCAGAACCAACGCCGAAGAUUUAGCAUCAGACCUGUUGCUAAACAUUGGGGACCCUUCCUACAUCGGUACUGGUCAUGCACUCUGGAACGUCCCCGUACCAAGGCUAGCGGCACGAUGGAGACUUCCACCCUUCAUAAACGAGUUCAGAGACUACAAUCAGCUUUUAGGAGAAGAGCCAAUGACGGCAAACCUGUUCCCCUUUGGAGCUAUAGCGGAUCUGCAUCAUGAUGUUGGUUUUGUACCCAGCACGUUGAUUCAAGGAAAGAAACUUUGGCUGAUCUACCCUCCCACGGAAGCCAACAUUGAUGCUUUAGUCAAAGCAUAUGCGAGUCGAUCAAAGAAACAAACCCCUCGCAUAUUCCGCAAUUUCAAGUCCUUCACAAACGGAAUUGCCUUUAUUCAGAAUGAGGGGACGACGUUAUGGGUCCCCCCAUUUUGCCCACAUGCGGUCUUCACCAUCGAGUCGAGUAUCCUGCUAGGAGGCGAGGUCUACGCCAAGUACAAAUUCCCACAGCGUUUACGCUAUGCGCGACUACUAGUUCCAUGGGAAAGGGCUUUCGGUCGCACGAGGAAUCAUGACUCAGAAGUCCGCGAGCUGUUUUCGCAUCUAGAAAAAGUUCUAGAAACCGGCGAUAUGGACUUGCAAGCCGCGGUGGUGAAUGCCUGGGAAGCUAUAAAAGUUACCGAAGUGGCCAAGUUACUGAGGGGCACUGAUUUCGACAUUCAAAAUAUCCAAGACCAUUGGAGAGUCUUUACUUCAUCCUGGACACACUGCCCUCUGUGUAACGCAAUGUUAUGUGACGAAGGACCAACUCGGGGAAGGGCUAAGAAGGUUAGCAGGUUUGUAUGCCACUAUGAGGCUUACCAUGGACCGAUAACGGUCUAGGAUGGUCGCACUCAGGAAUAUGGGGUAGAUAUAGUGCGCCUAUGACUGCGCCUAUGGCUGCGCCAUAUGUUCUGUUGAUAUGGUACAGGAAGAGUUGACGACGUAACGAUGCCUAUCUUACUCCCAAGAUCUUGUGGAUCAACUAGGCAUCCUACAAAAUGCCCCUGAAUAAUGAAUACACUGUGUGUACAUCAAAUCUUUAUCGUGAACUCUUG